AUGUUGGUUCUCUUUGAUACCCCCGCUGGUUACGCUAUCUUCAAGGUUUUGGACGAAUCCAAGCUGAAGAAAGAGGAAAAAGUAUUUGACUACUUUGCCGAUGCCGAUUCCAUCUUGGAAAAGUACGGUUUCUUUUUAUUUAGUUAUUGUUGAAAUUUAGACUUCAACUGGUUUCCUUCAAGAAGUUCAAAGAUGUGAAUGAAGCCUUGAAGGCAUCUACUUCUGUAGCGGAUGAAAGCAAAAUUGGAAAAACUUUGAAGAAACUGAUUCAGAAGGCUGUUGCUGAAGGAGACGAAUUGGCUGUGGGAGAUUCGAAGAUUGGAUCCCUGUUGAAGGUUAGUUUUACAAUUUAGAUCAUUUUCUUGCUUUUUCUUUACUUAUUCAUUUCAUUAUUUUUAGGAGAACCUCGAGGUUUCUUGUGUCCACAACAAAGUCACUGACGAACUCUUUAGAGCUAUUCGUGCCAACAUCGAUCAUCUUUUGGCCGAGCACAAAACCGAAGUAGAUGCCAUGAGACUUGCACUCGCCCAUUCUCUUGGUCGUUAUCGUGUCAAGUUCAACCCCGAAAAGAUCGAUACCAUGAUUGUCCAGGCGGUUUCUCUUUUAGACGAUCUGGAUAAAGAGUUGAACAACUAUGUCAUGAGAUGCCGAGAAUGGUAUGGAUGGCAUUUCCCCGAGUUGGGAAAACUUGUCCAGGAUCAUUUGGCAUUUGCCAAAGUUGUUAAGGCUAUGGGUAUGAAACAGAAUGCUAACGAUACUGACUUCUCAACUAUUCUACCCGAUGAAUUGGCGGAAAAAUUGAGACAGGAAGCCGAGAUCAGUAUGGGAACUGAGAUCUCUGAAAUCGAUUUGAUCCACAUUUCACAACUUUGUGACCAGAUCAUCGACCUCACUGAAUACAGAUCUCAGCUUCAUGAUUAUCUUAAGAACAGAAUGGGUGCUUUGGCUCCAAAUCUUACUGUAUUGUUGGGAGAAUUGAUCGGCGCGAGAUUAAUCUCUAGAGCUGGUAAGUCAUUAAUUUACGCGGAUUUUAUUAAUCAAAGUGGAUCAUUUAUGAACGGUUUUGUUUAGGAACCUUGGUGAACUUGGCCAAAUAUCCAGCAUCCACUGUCCAGAUCCUCGGAGCAGAGAAAGCCUUGUUCAGAGCUUUGAAAACAAAGGCCAAGACCCCCAAAUAUGGUAUUAUCUAUCAUGCUCAGUUGAUUGGACAAGCGCCGACUGAACUGAAAGGAAAGGUAAGGAUUGUUUGUUGGUAGUAUGUAUGUUCUUUAUUAUUUGUAACGGUUUUAUUUUUAGUUCGCCCGUAAAUUGGCGGCGAAAGUAUCUCUGGCCACCAGAGUGGACGCCCUUUGUGACGACACCGUUGGAAAUGAAGUCGGAGUCGAGUCAAGGACCUACCUCGAGGCUGCAUUGGAUGCCGAAUCAAAGCGUCAGACCACCAAGAAGGUGAACGCCACUUUCAGUGGAGCCGGUUACAAGGACAAAUAUGCCUUCAAGAGUAAUGUCCGUUCAUACGAUGCCGGGGCCGACUCGAAUGUCGCAAAGAAAAGAAAAUGGCAAAGCGAUGGAGACACUCCCACGAAUCCCCGAAAGGUUAAGAAGGAAGAGCAGGAUGAAGAGUAA